AUGACGGCCGAAUUUCAGCCGAUGUGUUCUCUCCAAGAGACCAUCCGUACCGGGAAGUUUUAUUCCUUGGACGAAACUACAUUUCUGCACCAAAUCAAAGACGCUUUCUCCCCAGAACUUGAACGACUGAAGUGCGUGAGAGCCGUCGAGGGCACGGAACAGCAACGCGCCACCGCAAACGGAACGGUCGAUGGUUUGAGCCCCUCGCAAAUACUAUAUGGGGGCAACUAUGACGAAGUCAACCGAACGCUCGUGGGUGUCCUUGCCCUUCGAUGGAUUCACAAUCGUGACUAUGAGCGCUUCACUGGGCCUCAACCUCCCGAAUCGCGCUUAACAGAGGAAUCGUUUGAGUGGCUGCGUGACCUCUUUGAAAGAGGGCUUGAGGACUCGGACGACCUUUUUGCCCUGGUGGUGUCGAUGGUCAUUAAUGACCUGGGAAAAGACACCAACCUGGAAGAAGACUAUUACUUCCAAACUCACCUUCGCUUAGAGGAUCAGAAUCAUGAUUCCGUACUGCUGGCAGCAGCUAAAGUUGGAAUGAUCCCCGCUCUACACUAUCUCACCCUGGAGAAAAGACAGGAAGUAAUGCUGGGCCUGGAACUCGGAUCGGAGCUGAAUGCAGGGCAACUAGCCCAAGCCGAAAGUGUGCCUGUGAAUCUGGAAGGACUUCUAGCCAUGCGAGGCCAUGAACACGCAUUCGAACUCAAAUUCAUGGAGCAAAUCCUCGACGUCGCAGGUGCGCUAGGUCAUCUCGACCCUCGUGGCUCCAAGAACUUUAUCGAACCCGUCUUUCAAGCCUUCAAAACUGUGCACGAGGUCUCUCUCGAUAUAAUCGCUGGAAAAUCCAACCCUCGGCAGGGGUACGAUAAGGUUCUCACAAAACGCGGAAAUAUGCUUUACAUCAAGGGAUUUCGCAGACUCAGCGUUAGCGAUCGAGAAGACCGGGCACUUCUCCGGUUGUUGACCAUGGGCCGGACUACAGACAAAGAACAAGCAGAACUAUUCUCUAAAGCGUUCAACGCCCUAGAUAAGCGGAACAAGGAACAACUUGUGGCAGGACUUAAUGUCGACGGCAAUGUGAAUGAGACAGCAGUCUUGCCGUACUAUAUGCCCGCUAUCAUAUCCACCACUUUAGAAAACACCAAAGAUUGCAACGAGGAAACCAAGCGCCGAGCACUUACAUCCCUCAUGAGAUAUCUCGCCAAGGUCUUGGGCAGCCCGGGGAAUAACCUGACCGGUGUCCGCGAGUAUGCGGUAUAUGACGGCGAAGUGCCUGGAAUCAUCAUCGAGAGGAAUAUGUCAAAGGCGCAGGAUGUCAUUAACAGCCCAGACUUCAAGACUAAUCCGGAUCUGCUAGAUGCGUUGGACAUACCAGAUGGGCAGAUUCUGCAGCGGCGGAGGACCAGUCAGUCUUGGUGA